AUGUCCAUUAGUUAUUUUGGAAGAAGCUGCUGUCAUCAGAAUCUUUUGUCUACUGUGAUAAUUUACAUCCUGCUCCUGAAUUGCUGUUUACUCACCCACAGUUUUGAUGGAACAGAUCUGGAGUUGAGGCUGACUGGUGGAGACAGUCCCUGCUCUGGGAGAGUAGAGGUGAAAUUCCAGGGAGAGUGGGGAACUGUGUGUGACGAUGGUUGGAACAGUGCUGCCAUGACUGUUGUGUGCAAACAGCUAGGAUGUCCGUUUUAUCAUACCACACUUGGUCUUGGAAAAGCCAUGCCUGGACAUGGACAAAUUUGGCUUGAUGAUGUUUCCUGUUAUGGAAAUGAGUCAGCUCUCUGGGAAUGCCAACACCGGCAAUGGGGAAGCCAUGACUGUAGUCACAGAGAAGAUGCUGGCGUGGCCUGUUAUGAUAAAACCAAUCUGGAUUUAAGGCUGUGGGGUGGAAGCAGCUCCUGUUCAGGAAGAGUGGAGGUGAAAUUCCAAGAAAUUUGGGGGACAGUAUGUGAUGAUGGUUGGAACUUGAAUGUUGCUGCUGUGGUGUGCAGGCAACUGGGAUGCCCAUCUUCUUUCAUUUUUUCUGAAGCCAUUGCUAACACAGUUACAUUUGUCCCCAUUUGGCCGCACGAUAUUUCCUGCCAUGGGAAUGAAACAACACUCUGGAAUUGCAGACACAGUGGAUGGGGACUUCACCACUGCAGUAACCAUAAGGAUGUCAAAUUAACUUGUGCUGAUGGUACUGACCUUGAACUACGGCUUGUGGAUGGAAGCAACCGCUGUGUUGGGAGAGUAGAGUUGAAAGUUCAAGGAAAGUGGGGGACCAUAUGCCACAAUAACUGGAACAAUGCUGCUUCUGAUGUAGUGUGCAAGCAGUUGGGAUGUGGAACUGCGCUUCGUUUCGCUGGCUUGCCUCAUUUGGAAUCAGGGUCUGGUAGUCUAUGGCGUAAUGUUUUCUCCUGCUCUGGUAAUGAAUCUUUUCUUUGGGACUGCAGACGCGAAUGGGUAAAUCAUAUUUGUAAUCAUCAGAAGGAUGUGUCUGUGAUCUGCUCAGUCUUGCUUACAGAUGAGUUAGAUCUGGACCUCAGGCUCAUGGGGGGAAAAAGUCCCUGUUAUGGGAGAUUGGAGGUGAAAUACCUCGGAGAGUGGGGGACUGUGUGUCAUGACCUAUGGAGCAUAAAGAAUGCAGCUAUUGUGUGUAAAAAAUUGGGAUGUGGAAAUCCUGUCCACAUAUUUGGCAUGACCCUGCCUAAGGGAGCAAUAGGACCUAUUUGGCUGGAUGAUGUUUCUUGCAUUGGAAAUGAGUCAAACAUCUGGGACUGCAAACACCGUGGAUGGGGAAAGCAUAACUGUUUACACACGGAGGAUGUGAUUGUGAGCUGCUCAGGCAAUGAAACGUGGAGCCUGAGACUGGUGGAUGGCCCCAACCGUUGCUCAGGAAGACUGGAGGUGAAGUUUCAAGAACAGUGGGGCACAGUAUGUGAUGAUGGCUGGAACAGUGAUGAUGCAGCUGUGGUGUGUGGCCAACUGGAUUGUCCGUCUUCUGUCAUUGUCAUGGGUCUGGGAAGUGCUUCUAUGGGAUCUGGAAAAAUUUGGCUUGAUGAUGUUUUCUGCUUUGGGGAUGAGUCAGCUCUCUGGUCAUGCAGGCAUAGUGGAUGGGGAAGGCAUGACUGCAGUCACCAGGAAGAUGUUGGAGUGACCUGUUCUGAUGAAUCAAAUAUGGAACUGAGGCUUGUGGGUGGAAGCAGCAGGUGUGCUGGAAGAAUCGAGGUGAAAGUCCAGGGUGCCAUGGCAACCCUGUGUGCUAGCAGCUGGAGAAUGAACGUUGCUAAAGUUAUUUGCAGGCAACUUGGAUGUGGGUCAGCAGUCAGUGCCUCCAUAGAGCCUAAUUUCACAGGAGACACAUUACACAUGUUGCAUUUUCAAAUUAGCUGCACUGGAAGUGAAGCCUCCCUCUGGGACUGUGUACAUUGGAAGUGGUCACGGUGUUUUUCUAAUAUGGAAGCAUAUUUGAUCUGUUCAGCUCACAGGCAGCCCAGGCUGGUUGGAUCUGACAGUCCUUGUUUUGGACGUGUUGAAGUGAAACAUGCAGACAUAUGGAGCUCUGUCUGUGAUUCUGACUUCUCUCUCUCUGCUGCCAAUGUGCUGUGCCGAGAAUUAAAUUGUGGAGAGGCCAUAUCUCUUUCUGUGGGAGCUCACUUUGGAAAAGGGAAUGGCAAAACUUGGGCUGAAAAGUUCCAGUGUGAAGGGAAUGAAACUCUCCUUGCACUAUGCCCCACAGUGCACCAUCCAGAAGACACCUGUCACCAUGGCAGAGAAGUUGGAGUUGUCUGUUCUCGGUAUACAGAUGCCCGACUUGUGAAUGGCAAAUCCCAGUGUGAGGGGCAAGUGGAGAUCAAGGUGCUUGGAUACUGGGGCUCCGUCUGUGACACCCACUGGGACCUGGAAGAUGCCCAUGUCCUAUGCAGGCAGCUCAGCUGUGGGGUUGCUCUCUCAACCACAGGAAGAAAAUAUAUUGGAGAAGGAAAAGGUCAUGUUUGGGGGCACAAGUUUCAUUGCUUAGGGAAUGAGUCACUUCUAGAUAAUUGUCCAAUGACAGUCCUUGGAGCACCUCCCUGUACCCAUGGAAACACUGUCUCUGUGACCUGCACAGGAAACCAGACCCAGCUACAGUUCCCAUGCCCUGCAAAUCUAUCUGACCCAUAUUUGCCUGCUGUUCCAGAAGACGGUGCUUUCAUCUGCUCAGGUAACAGACAGCUCCGCCUGGUGGACGGGGGCGGUCGCUGUGCCGGGAGAGUGGAGAUCUACCAUGAGGGCUCCUGGGGCACCAUCUGUGAUGACAGCUGGGACCUGAGCGACGCCCACGUGGUGUGCAGACAGCUGGGCUGUGGACAGGCCCUGAAAGCCCUGGGCUCUGCUCACUUUGGGGAGGGGUCAGGGCCCAUCUGGCUGGACGACCUGAACUGUACAGGAAAGGAGUCCCACGUAUGGAAGUGCCCUUCCCCGGGCUGGGGGCAGCACAACUGCAGACACAAGGAAGAUGCAGGGGUCACCUGCGCAGAUAAAAUAAGAAUUAGUGGAGGAGACAGCAAGUGCUCUGGGAGAGUGGAGAUCUGGCACGAAGGCUCCUGGGGCACAGUGUGUGAUGAUUCCUGGGACCUGGCAGAGGCAGAAGUGGUGUGUCAGCAGCUGGGCUGUGGCUCUGCUCUGGCUGCCCUGGGGGAAGCAGCAUUUGGCCAGGGGACUGGACCCAUCUGGUUGGAUGAGAUGCAGUGCAAGGGCAAUGAGUCAUUUCUGUGGCACUGUCAUGCCAAACCCUGGGGACAAAGUGACUGUGGACACAAGGAAGAUGCUGGUGUGAGGUGCUCAGGACAGUCGCCAAAGUCACUGAACACCUCAGAUGACACCAUCACCCAUGGUUGUGAAGAUGCUGGCCACGUAGCACUGCAGGAAGCUCUUCCUGCCUCUGAAGCCACGAAAUGA